AUGGAGAAAGGUCGAGGUAUCUUCUCUGGAGAUCCAGAAUCCAAUCCUAAGGGCUGCCGUCGAGAACACAAAUUCGAAGAACAUUCGUAUCCUACAGGGAAGAUCCAGGUCAUUGGAGACAUCUUCCAGUUCACUGUCGACAUGAGCGAGUUUUCCCCGGAGGACGUGAUCAUCACAUCCUCAAACAACCUGCUGGAGGUCCACGCUGAGAAGCUGGGAGAAGAUGGCACAGUCACAAACACCUUUUCCCACCGGUGCACUCUACCAUCAGACGUGGACCCUGGGUCUGUGGCCGUGUGCAUGGGGAGCGGCGGGGCCCUGACCGUCAGAGCCCACAGGAUGUAAUCCCAGCACCACACCAGUGAUCCUCCUGGGAACCACUAGAGUUUAGUGACCUCUACUGGCCAGUGGAGGAUCACACAAUGCGUCAUUCACAGACUAUGGGAAAUAUGAGAAACCUCAUCAGGGUGCACUUGAA